UAUGAUCCAAGAUUGGACGACUAAUGGGCAGGUCUUCUUAGAUUUCAUCAACAUAGUAAAGAGAUUGGAGAACCUUCAGCACAGUAACCCCACAGUGUAUGAGUUAGAGAAGUUAUACCCUGAUGUUGCAUCCUUAUGUAGCCGUGUAGGAAGUGUAACAUGCUGUACAGCCAAGGAUAGACUCUGCCAAUCAGAGAUGGCCAAAAGGACUGCUAACGUCAUGAAAGCAGUACUUACUCUACAGCAACAAUCACUGUACCCUGGCAAGAAUGUGAGAAUACCAUCUCGUCUGCUGGCUCCACACGUUGGUAAACUUCCCAUGCCUGAAGACUAUGGACUACAAGAGCUUCGAGAACUCACUCGCAGCUAUAUGGUGGAACUCACUACAGCGUGAACCAAAACAGGAACAUAACAAAGACUCACCCUGUAAUGAAACUUAAAUCAGGAACUCACCACAGCUCUAUGGUGGAACUCACCACAGCGUGAACCAAAACAGGAACAUAACAAAGACUCACCCUGUAAUGAAACUUAAAUCAGGAACUCACUACAGCGUGAACCAAAACAGGAACUUAACAAAGACUCACCCUGUAAUGAAACUUAAAUCAGGAACUCACUACAGCGUGAACCAAAACAGGAACAUAACAAAGACUCACCCUGUAAUGAAACUUAAAUCAGGAACUCACCACAGCUCUAUGGUGGAACUCACCACAGCGUGAACCAAAACAGGAACAUAACAAAGACUCACCCUGUAAUGAAACUUAAAUCAGGAACUCACUACAGCGUGAACCAAAACAGGAACAUAACAAGGACUCACCCUGUAAUGAAACUUAAAUCAGGAACUCACCACAGCUCUAUGGUGGAACUUACCACAGCAUGAAUCAAAACAGGAACUUAACAAAGACUCGCCCUGUACUGAAACUUAAAUCAGGAACUCACUACAGCGUGAACCAAAACAGGAACAUAACAAGGACUCACCCUGUAAUGAAACUUAAAUCAGGAACUCACCACAGCUCUAUGGUGGAACUCACCACAGCAUGAACCAAAACAGGAACAUAACAAGGACUCACCCUGUAAUGAAACUUAAAUCAGGAACUCACCACAGCUAUAUGGUUGAACUCACUACAGCAUGAACCAAAACAGGAACAUAACAAGGACUCACCCUGUAAUGAAACUUAAAUCAGGAACUCACCACAGCUCUUUGGUGGAACUCACCACAGCAUGAACCAAAACAGGAGCUUAACAAGGACUCACCCUACAUAUAGCUUAAAUCAGGAACUCACCACAGCUCUAUGGUGGAACUCACCACAGCAUGAACCAAAACAGGAGCUUAACAAGGACUCACCCUGUAAUGAAACUUAAAUCAGGAACUCACCACAGCUCUAUGGUGGAACUCACCACAGCGUGAACCAAAACAGGAGCUUAACAAGGACUCACCCUACAUAUAGCUUAAAUCAGGAUCUCACCACAGCUCUAUGGUGGAACUCACCACAGCAUGAAUCAAAACAGGAACUUAACAAAGACUCGCCCUGUACUGAAACUUAAAUCAGGAACUCACCACAGCUCUAUGGUGGAACUCACCACAGCGUGAAUCAAAACAGGAACUUAACAAAGACUCGCCCUGUACUGAAACUUAAAUCAGGAACUCACCACAGCUCUAUGGUGGAACUCACCACAGCGUGAAUCAAAACAGGAACUUAACAAAGACUCGCCCUGUACUGAAACUUAAAUCAGGAACUCACCACAGCUCUAUGGUGGAACUCACCACAGCGUGAAUCAAAACAGGAACUUAACAAAGACUCACCCUGUAAUGAAACUUAAAUCAGGAACUCACCACAGCUCUAUGGUGGAACUCACCACAGCGUGAAUCAUAACAGGAACUUAACAAAGACUCGCCCUGUACUGAAACUUAAAUCAGGAACUCACCACAGCUCUAUGGUGGAACUCACCACAGCGUGAAUCAAAACAGGAACAUAACAAAGACUCGCCCUGUACUGAAACUUAAAUCAGGAACUCACCACAGCUCUAUGGUGGAACUCACCACGGCGUGAAUCAAAACAAAGAACUCGUUCUACAUGUAGCUUGAAUUAGGAACUCACCCGCAGCUCUAUGGAACUCACCACAGCAUGAAUCAAAACAAAA